AGGGUUGGGUGAGGGCCUCUUUUAAGGGCCGGGCCUGGAGACGCGAGCCCUAAGAGGUCCCUCUUCGCUAGUAUGGAAGGAGACUGCGCAGGCCGACUCUUCAGAGCGCAGGCUCCUGGCCCGCGUGCCAAUGGAUUUUCUUAACCCGGCUCUGGAGUGGGGGGUUUUCACCCACGCAGGGGUGGGCGUCAGUGACGCAUCCGGGAAACAACGCGCAUGCGCACGCCAGGAGGCGUCGGCCUGCAGCGGAGAGGAGGCUCCGCCCGGCGACUAACGACGAGGACUCGAGGCGGUCUUCACGGCUCUCAGCCUCUCUCUCUCUAUGGCUUCGGUUCGCUUCUUUAACUCGUGUUCAGGGGGGCGCUGUGUUGGCUUUCCACCUGCAGUGGGCCCGCCCUCCGCCGCAGCCAUCUUGGAGGCGGUGCCUAGCGCCGGAUGGGCCGGAAGGACUUCCGGGGUCAUGGAAGCAGGGUAACCCGGGGGUUGUCCGGGCAACGGGAGCAGGGUACAAAGAUCAAUGAUUAUCGUACAACUGGAAAGAAAGCCAAAGAAAAUGCUUUUUAUUUUAGUUUGAGCACCUAAACAGAAACUGCAGUUUUAGUAUGAAGAAGGGAAGAGGCAGAACCAGCCGGAUCAGAAGACGGAAACUCUUCAGAAGUUCUGAAUCAAGAGGAGUGAAUGAGAGCCACAAGCCGGCAUUUAUAGAGCUGAAGAAAUGGCUGAGAGAUAGGAAGUUUGAAGAUACAAACUUAACACCUGCUCGUUUUCCAGGUACUGGAAGAGGGCUGAUGAGCAAAACAUCCCUGCAGGAGGGACAGCUGAUUAUUUCAUUGCCUGAGAGUUGCCUGCUCACCACGGACACAGUGAUCAGAAGCUACUUAGGGGCGUACAUUGCUAAGUGGCAGCCUCUUCCGUCUCCUCUGCUGGCUCUGUGCACCUUUUUGGUUUCAGAAAAGCAUGCUGGGGACCGGUCUCCCUGGAAGCCUUACCUGGAGAUUUUACCGAAGGCCUAUACCUGCCCUGUUUGUUUGGAGCCAGAAGUGGUGAAUCUUCUUCCCAAACCAUUGAAAACAAAGGCCAGAGAGCAGAGAACCCACGUGCAGGAGUUCUUUACUUCCUCCAGAGACUUUUUCUCUUCCCUGCAGCCUCUAUUUUCUGAGACUGUUGAGAGCAUCUUUAGCUACAGUGCCCUCCUGUGGGCUUGGUGCACCGUCAACACCAGAGCUGUGUACAUGAAGCACAGGCGGAGGCACUGCUUUUCUGCAGAGCCAGACACCUACGCGCUCGCUCCAUACCUGGAUCUGCUCAAUCACAGCCCAGACGUCCAGGUAAAAGCAGCAUUUAAUGAGGAAACUCGCUGUUAUGAAAUUAGAACAGUUUCAAGUUGUAGGAAGCAUGAAGAGGUGUUCAUCUGCUAUGGCCCUCAUGAUAACCAGCGGCUGUUCCUGGAAUAUGGAUUUGUUUCCAUCCACAACCCUCAUGCUUGUGUUUAUGUCUCAGAAGAUAUACUUGUUAAAUAUCUUCCAGCAAGAGAUAAACAGAUAAAGAAAAAGAUUUCCAUUUUAAAGGAUCAUGACUUUAUAGAAAAUUUGACAUUUGGAUGGGAUGGGCCAUCUUGGAGGUUACUCACAGUUCUCAAGUUGUUAUGUCUGGAAGCUGGAGAAUUUGUGGUGAUGACUGUCAGCAUGGAAAGGACUGUGUGCUGCCCAGCCUUGGAGCUCCUUCAGCCUGGGUCCUUGUCAGGGAAUUGGAAGUAAUGCCCACUACUUAGCAAAAGCUCAGCGAGAGAAACCGUAUGUAGGGAGGACCUCCUGAAGAUGGCGACCCCAUCCUUGAGCGAUUGGGAGGAUUAAAUGAGAUUAUAUCUAGAAAUAACCCUUAGCACCGUGUCUAGAAGUAGUUGGUGCUCACUCAAUGAUGCUUGUUAUGUUUAUGCUAUUGCUUAUUUCUUUUUCCGUAGGGACUCGGGGAGAGAAAUUACUCCCUGGUCUCAACACCAGAAAUGGUUGUGUUUAUUCUCAGCAGAUGGUGUGUAUUUAUCUUACACACACUGUGAAUUCUGCCUCUGAUGUGUCUUUUUUUACUGUUCACUAGAAAACUCAGAGGCAAAUUUGUGGUCCAUCCAAAUGUGCAGGAUUUUAAGGCCUGCGGUUUAUCCUGAGUAUAUCUUAUCUUUCCUCCUCUCAUCUUUUCUUUGUCUUAUUUUCCCUGUCCAUUCAUCUUACAUUUUAUUUUAUCUCAUGUGCACCCACAUAAGCUUUUUCAAAUCCUUCUUGGAAAACUGUGUGAGUUCUUUUCAUGCAUGUCAACCUCAAAUUAAAUAAAACAACUGGAUGUUUCCCAGGGGUCAUCCUGAGGCCUCUUUUCUUCCCUGUGAGUUAUUUUAAACUGUCUGGAAUGGUGUAGCAGAAAGAGGUGUGUGAGAUUCUGUCUGACAUGUGUGUGCAUGCAAUUUCUGCUGCUCUGUAGCUUUGUACACUUAGGGUGGGUUCUUUACCAUUCCCAGUUCUCAGUUUCUUUGUGUCUAAUGUGGGGAUAAUAAUGCCUUCUUGGCUCAGUAAUUGUGAAGAUUAAAUUAGAUGGUUAUGUAUGAAACUCUGUGCCUGGCACAUAGUAAUUUCCUUCCUUCCUUGCUUUCUUUCCUGAGAACUCAUCUAUUCCUGAGGUUCAGCCAUCGUCUCUAAAGCUGAAGACUUCAAGACUUUAUUCUCUCUGUGUCUUGUUGGCUGUUGUGAAUUUCUAAGCAACCUGUAUAUACUUCCACUUGGAUGUUACCUUACCCCUUCCAAGCAACUUCUACUCCGGAAUUCUCUGCACCCAGCAUCUGUUCCUCCACCUUCUUGCUCCCUGGUUCCCUCUUCUUCCUAGUGUACAGAUUUGGCUCUGCCACCUUUGGGCUCAGCACCCUGCUGUGGUUCCUUCUCGCCUACCCUGAAACACCUACACUCUUCCACCUGCAGAACGUUGGCCCCCCUCACCCACUCAACCCCAUUUCCUACAGACUUUCGUAGUAUAAAAUGGGAAUGCCCUGCCCGUAGAGAAGGGCUUCACUGUAGAUGCCUCCUUCCACUUGUAGAGCAUUUUACUUUGUGAAAUGUGUUCCCUUGAGUUUGCCAUAUUUGAAGAAAGAGCGUCCCUUGAAGAGAAGGAACACUUUGCCGCCUUUGCUCCUUAGUCCCUAAUCCUUUUGGCCAUGGACUUACCUUCCUCUUCUGUCUUCAGCUCUAUUCCUGUGGCUGGUGGAUGUGACUCACUUACUGAUGUGCCAGACACAGGAGUGAAUGAUAAAAUUCAGUCCCUGCCUGCAAAGUGUGUGCAUCCCCGUACUUCUAAUUUUUGAGUGUUCCUUCUUUUUUAUGUACCUUGUUUGCUUCAACACAGCAACUGCAUUUGGCGUGAGGUUUUAGGGAAUCUGCUUAUAGAAUGAGUUUUAUUAUGCUUCUGGAAAAAUAGGAGAAGGGUUUGUGUGUUGUGUUGAAUUGUAAAAGCUUUCUUUAUUUUUUGAGAGCCAGCUGAAACGAUCUUACUGAACAUUUUGG